GAGUGUGCCGAAGAAGGAAUGGCUAAGACUGUGGAUGUAGCCGACUAGUCGGUCGGAGCAUGUUGAAUAUGAAGGAUGCAUUGGCCGAGUACGUACAAUAUUCCCCUUGCAACCAAUCAGUGCGGGUAUGCGAUCCUGCGUCGACUGCCGGAGACCGAAGACAUGCUUGAUGUCUGCAAGAAAAUUGGCAUGGUGUUCCAGUCAUACUCGUCCCUUGCUCAGGGUCGUUUGUCAGGGAAAUACUCAAAGGAGACUGCCGCCUAGUGAACACCAGCUCAGCAGCUAUGACAUGGAACAUGUUGAACCCGUGCUCAAGAUUCUCCACUGUCUAGCUAAAAGGACGAUGUGAGUGUCGCAGCAGUGGUGCUGAACUGGAACAUUUGCAAAGGAGCGAUACCGGUGGUGGGUAGAAGGAGAGAAAGUCAGGCCUUCGACAACAUGCCAGCUCUGGGGUGGAGGUUGGCAAAGGAGGAGAUUGCCGAGCUAAACAGGCACGGUUUCAAGUGGAAGACAAUGAUGCUAUGGCAGCAGGGG